AUGUGGACUUUUCUGGGCAUUGCUUCCUUUAUCUAUGUCUACAAAAAAUGUGGAGAUUUGCUAAGUUAUGCCAACAAGGAGGUGCUUAUUUCCACAAUGGUGUUUUUUUCUCUUGGCUUGAUGCUCUCAUAUUGGUACCGAGUGUGGGGACCCCAACCGCAGAAUAAGAAGCAGCCUUAUUGUGGAAUGUUUUCCAAUUUCCUUGCUGCCUUGCCAUUCGUUGGCUUUUUCUGGACUAAAUCCCACACUGAUUCCAUGAAGAAACUGCAGCCGAAGACCAGAAAGGGUACAAGAGGAGUCAUUCCUUCACCUGACAGUAGAACAGAAACCGAUUCAGCUUUGACAGCCGCUGCUCAGCCUGAUCCAGAAGUGAUCAUCGUGGGGGCUGGUGUGCUCGGCUCUGCUCUGGCCACGGUGCUGGCCCGGGAUGGAAGGAAAGUGACGGUCAUUGAGCGGGAUUUGAAGGAACCUGAUAGGAUUGUUGGAGAACUCUUACAGCCAGGAGGUUAUAACACUCUAAAAGAUCUGGGCCUUCAAGAUGCUGUGGAAGGUAUAGAUGCUCAUACAAUAAAUGGCUACAUUGUUCAUAACCUUGAAAACAAGGCAGAGGUUGAGAUCCCUUACCCUUGCACAGCAGCUGGGCAAGUGCAGAACGGGAAAGCAUUUCAUCAUGGACGCUUCAUCAUGGGUCUCCGAAGGGCAGCCAUGUCGGAACCCAAUGCAAAAUUUAUUGAGGGGACAGUGGUACAGUUACUUGAAGAAGAGGAAUGUGUAGCUGGAAUCGUAUAUAAAGAUAAAGAAACUGGUGAUACAAAGGAACUCCACGCACCCUUAACGGUAGUUGCUGAUGGUCUGUUUUCCAAGUUUCGAAAAAAUCUUAUCUCCAGCAAAGUGAAAGUCCCUUCUCAUUUCGUAGGAUGCAUUUUGAAGAAUUCUCCUCAGUUUAAAGCCAAUUACGCCGAGCUGGUGUUAGGAAAUCCUAGCCCAGUGCUUAUCUACCAGAUUUCUUCCAACGAAACUCGAGUUCUUGUUGACAUUCGAGGUGAAAUGCCCAAAAAUCUUAAGGAAUACAUGGUUGAAAAGAUUUAUACACAGCUGCCAGAACACUUUCAAGAGCCUUUCCUCAUAGCAGUACAGAACGAACGUCUGAGAGUCAUGCCGGCAAGCUUUCUUCCGCCUUGUCCUGUCAAUAAAGCAGGAGUCCUCCUCCUAGGAGACGCUUACAAUAUGAGGCAUCCUCUGACAGGUGGAGGAAUGAGCGUUGCUCUGAAUGACAUCAAAAUCUGGAGGUGUUUGCUACAGACCAUUCCAGACCUGUAUGAAGACUCUGCUCUGCUGCAAGCCAAAAAGACCUUCUACUGGACAAGAAACAAGUCUCAUUCCUUUGUUGUGAAUGUUCUUGCUCAGGCGCUUUACGAACUAUUCGCUGCAACAGAUGAUUCUCUAUGCAAGCUAAGGAGAGCCUGCUUUUACUAUUUCAAGCUUGGAGGCAAGUGUGUGUCUGGUCCAGUUGGAUUACUUUCCAUUUUGUCUCCGAAGCCCAUCGUCCUGAUCGGCCACUUCUUCGCCGUUGCCCUCUACGCCACUUACUUUUGUUUCAAAUCUGAAUCUUGGAUCACCAAACCCCGGGCCAUUUUCAGCAGCCUCGCAGUGAUGUACCGAGCUUGCUCUGUCAUAUUCCCACUGAUAUAUUCUGAAAUGAAAUGCCUCAUCUACUGAAUACAGAGGGGCAAAGAGACGGGAAGAGCAACUGCUUGGAUUUCUUCACAUCUUUCGGAUGGGUCCUGUCUCUUAAGUCGAAAAGACAACAGAAGCAACAAAACUGUGGGCCUGGGAUGAUCUUGCAGUGGCGCUUUGAGGUUUAUAAGCACAUAGAUAAUCUUGUCAAACAAGGGUGUGUUAAAAAAAACACACCAAAACCACCAUUCUAAUCCAAGGGAGCAAGAGAGGGUCACAACAGGUUACUUCCAAGAGUAAGUAAGUAUCUAGCAUGUUACGGGAGAUUGCCAAGUUCUUCCCUUCCCUUGCCCCCUCUGACUUUUGAGGCCAGAACUUACCAAAAAAACAAACAAACCAAUUAAUGUAAUUUCUAGAACUACUGAUCUGAACUAUGAGUGUAUUUCCAGAAAUCACAGCUUAGAAACCCCCUACACUCUGUUCACAUUUUUUUUUCUAGUCCUACAGAACUGGCUUAUUUUCUUUCGCCCUGACCAGCUGCUCUUCUUCUAUUUUCUAUUUUGGGUGUUGUGUAUGUGUGCGUGUGUGACAAAGAAAUGGGAGUUUGUUCAGCCCCUUAAUAGAGACUUAACCAACAGCAGCAAUCAUAGUUAUCCUGCCAGGAGGUUACGAAUCGAAAAUGGAUGAUUUUGCUUAUGUUGGCACAGUAAAGCAAACAUGGGCUACAUCGUACUGUUCUUAGACCACAGGUUAAAACUGGCUUAUUUAAAUGACCUUCCAAAUUGGUUUUGUAGAAAGAAACUGGAAAAAGCAUUCUCCCUAGUGUCUUGUUUUUUUUUUUUUACAAAAAAUAUAGGGUUUUAUUUAUUUAUGGAGGAAUGCUGGCUGAGCUUCCGCUGUAGCCUGAAAUGAUACAGCCCAAGGCUUACCACCUCAGGAAGAACUUAGCCAAUGCUGAGAUUUAUGGGUACGACGGCAUGGAAUUCUAGAUGCCUUCAUAUUGUCGGCUUCAUUAGAGCGGUCUCAUUUUGAGAGAACUAGGGUCCUCAAGAUGUUGUACUAGAGCUUUCAUAAAUAAGUGAUGGCUGGGGCUGAUGGAACUUGGAACUGCAACAUCUCAAAGCCAGGUGUAUGGCAGAGGAGAAACUAGAAGGAGCAGAGAAGUAGAAGGAGCAGUGAUGUCUAUGUGUGGCAAUAUCUCCAUUCUGUUGGAUUUCUGGGAAGAGAGUCAGGCAUCCUGAUGGACAAAAAGAUUUAGCUAUGGGUAUACUGAGAUAAACAGGGUUAUUAUGUGUCUGUGUUCACAUGCAUAAAAAUGCACACACAUUUGUCUGUGUUACUUUGUACAAAUAAAGUUUCUAAGAGCGAUAUUGGCAACAACCCUUUUCGGCUACUGUAACAGUGAUAGCUAAAAUGGCAGUAUAAAUGGCACUGCCUUGUUACCAUAAUAAAAUAAAUCAAACUAAGGAGGUCAGCUCAAUCAAUUUUUAAAAAAGCAUCCGCAGCUCUUACAUGUAUAUUUCUUCACUGAUACUUUCUGGUGUUGAGCUUUUCUGUCAAGUAACAUGUAAACAUAUAUUCCAUGAAUAUACUGUGUUUUUGUUUCAAGUUCUGGUACAUAUUUUAGGGAUCUUCUCCAUUUUCUUUUCCAUUCAAUUAUAGAAAGAAGGGGAAGAGUCUUCUGGCAGGUCCAAAAACAUAUUUUUUGAGGGGCGCGUGCGUAAGGGUUUUGUUUUUAAAUGGGUGCCAGGAGUAGGCAGUGCCAAGACAAACAUUGAUUCAAUUAGAAUUAAAAAACAAACCAGUAACACUACAGGGUGUCGUUGUAAGUUUUCAAUAUAUAUUAUUGUUGCAUUAAAGUGUGCAACUUUUAACCUUUGGGGACCUUUGGGGAGAGGGGUGAACUUCUACAUUCUCGUUGUUAUUGUUAUAGCCCAGAACUUAUAAUAAAUUCUUGCUUUUCUGAUC